AUGGAUCAUCCAACACCGCCCACAAGCAAGAAACUUUCAUCUGGUAAAGGAAGUAAAGGGUCAGGUGGCUCGAGUUCCUCACCAAAGACAUUCCAGUGCACGGGCUAUCCUGGAUGUAAUAUGGUUUUCACUCGCAGUGAGCAUCUUGCUAGGCAUGAAAGAAAACACACGGGCGAAAAACCUUACAAGUGUAUCGUCACGAAUUGUCCAAGGACAUUUAGUCGGUAUGAUAACAUGAUCCAACACACUCAGACCCAU